CUAACAUUUCGAAUAAUGAUCCUUCGCAAUCGCGAUUUAAACGUUCAACAAAAAGACAAUGAACAAAAUCGGAAGAAAUCAACACAAGGAGUUAACGCGGCAACAAAACGUCAGGCUGCUCGAAUCAUAAAGGAUGACAAAGAGACGAAGAAGAAUGGGUCUAAAGACGAGCCAAAGCCUAAGCGUGCUUGCACUGCUGUUGCGUCGCCAGACAUCACGAAAGGACUUUAUAUCAACUCAUCAAAGAAGGUUUCAGAUCAAAAUAUCGCGAGCGCUUCGAACAAAGUGGAGGAGUUCGAAGUGGUUGUUUCACCGAGGAACGAACAGAUCUUGGAGUUGGCUGUUAAGUCGCCAGAUCCUGUUGCUGAUUUUGAUGCCGAGAGUGCUGGAGACAUGGGUUCUAUGGCAGAAUAUGCUUCGGACAUUUUCCUCUAUUAUAAAUUUAGAGAGAAAUUCUUCCACAUUAGCGACUACUCGAAACGACAGCCAAAUAUUGACAUGGCGGUUCGCGGUUCUUUGGUUGAUUGGUUAAUUGGACUGCAGGAGACUUUUGAACUUAAUCAUGAGACUCUUUAUUUGGCUGUGAAGCUUUUUGAUCUCUUUAUGGAUCGUUCGCCUGGAGUUGUUGCUCGCGAUGAUAUUCAAUUGGCUGCUUGUACUGGAAUCUUUAUUGCUUCAAAAUUUGACGAACGUGCUCCGCCUCUCAUAGAAGAUCUUGUCUACAUGUCAGAGGAAGUAUUCAAGCCUGAUCAACUUAUGGCAAUGGAGCGUCGUAUGCUUAAAGUGGUUGGAUUUGACUUGGGAGCUCCGCUCUCUUAUCGCUUUCUGCGCCGUUUUGCGAGGAUUGCCAAAGAAGACAUGGGGACAUUAACGCUUGCUCGUUAUAUUUUGGAGACUACUUUAAUGUCGUUGAGUUUCUGCCGUCAUUCUGAGUCGCUGAUUGCCAUUUCUGCGUUAUUGCUUGCAAAACGUAUGAAAGGAGCUGCAAACGAUUGGUUUCUUAUGGUGGCACAGAAGAGUUCUGGGUACAAAUUGGAUAAAAUUGAAAGUCUAAUGUGGAAACUUAACAAGAUGAUUCUUCAGCGCAAGACGUUUUUCCCUCAAAUGGAAAAUGUUUUCCGCAAGUACAGCCACGAGAUUUUCUUCGAGGUUGCAAAAAUCCCGCCAUUGGCGACUUAA